UCACUUUUACUAAUGGAUCGAAAAUCUCGACUGUUUAGUUCACUAGUAGGCUGUGUUUGGGGAGUUUUGUUCCUAUUUGUCUUAUGGAACAAACAUGAUAAACUGUUGGACUUGAACUUCGAAAAGCAUCCUAAAAUUCGCGUUUCGGAAAUUGGGGACGAUUAUUUAAAGCAGUUUUUAACGAAAGAUUGCUUAAAACCAGAUGAAAUGAAAGAAAAGAAGUAUGAGGGAAAACUAAACGUACAUCGCUGGAUUGACAGUUGUCCAUGUGGAGUUUCUAUUGACAGAGGACUACGUAUACAUACUCAAUUUCCUCGACAACCAGAGCUCGACUUCAUAACAUACACUACUGAGUUAACAGACAAGGGACYAUAUAGUCAAAGACUUUUUGGAUACAUAACCCCGAAUAUAACAGGUUCUUACAGAUUUGCUGUAAGCUCUAGCGACAACUCUGAGUURUGGAUAAGCCAAGAUUCAAGCCCUAAAAGUGUGGAGUUGGCUGCGUAUGUCGGUGAUCCCUCGUCYAAUGAAAUAUGUGCGACGGACUACUUAAGACAUUAUGACAAGUUUGAAAGCCAGAAAUCGCAAGUUUUUAGUCUACAGAAAGACCAUGAUUAUUACAUAGAAGCCCUCCAUCGCAGUCAAACUGGAUAUCACGGACACAUAUCUAUAGUAUGGCAGACGCCAGGGACGUCCGAUUUUGUUCCUGUUGAUCCUGUACAUYUAUCUCUAUUCCUCCCUGAUGAUUAUGGGGAUUUUCCACCAUCGCUAUCUGAACAUAAAGAAUGUAUACUGCAAGAUCAUAAACCAUUAUUUUUAAAAGUGACGCCUUCGAUAACUAGAUCAAAGCUAACUUUGGAAAAAGAGGAUAUUUGUUUGAAGUAUAAUAUUAUUGACCACAGUGAAGUAUCCAUGAUUCUCGAUACWUGUCCAUAUGAACCAUCAUAUAUGCCAAAAGUUGUCCCUGAUUGGCAUGGAGCAACUUUCUUUGCACCUUUUUGGCUGACGGAUUUUUAUCCCGACGAUAAAACUACUGGUGUUUUUGUGGACUCAAAUGGAAAUAAAAUAAUCGAAAAGCAGGAAGUUGACACAAUUGUUGAAGAAUAUAUGAAGAAAUUGAACUCGUCUGGGCGACAGCAAUAUCAACUCAAGAACAUUGUGAAUGUAGAGAAGAAAAUUGACAAAAACCGAGGCACUCGCUAUUUACUAGAACUGGAGUUAGUACCAAAAGAUCAAGUUGAUUCUGUACUAUUGUCAGAGUAUGUUUUCAAGUUCAGUGAAACAGUCAAUAKUAGUACCCAAAACUUGACUACAGAACUCUGCUAUCCAGAGAAGUUUCAGUGGAACAAAACAGCUAAAAUCUAUAUCCUUAUACCAGUGAAAAACUAUGGAUAUUGGGUCAAAUACAUUAUUGAUGAGCUAAUAAAGGUUUAUACAGAAACCCCUGAGAAAAAUUUCCACCUUGUGAUAGUAGACUUUAAUAGUAYGGAUUUCAAUGCCAAGGAUUAUUUGAGGAAUUCUGCUUUAAAUAAGAGUUUUACAGUAUUAACGAURUAUGGUGAUUUUCAAAAACCUCUUGCUCUAAACAAAGGUGCUGCAACAGUGAAGGAUCCAAAUGCAAUACUGUUUCUCAUGGACCUUCACGUCUCCAUACCACYAUGUUUCUUUGAUAUUAUAAGAAAGCAUACAAUCAGAGGACAAGCAGCAUUUUUYCCAAGUCUUCUCAGACUUGAAUGCUCAACAUCAGAUGCAUAUCCAGAUGGUUAUUGGGACAGAACUGGAUAUGGUUUAUUGGGUGUCUAUAAGAAUGACUGGGRCAGGUUUGGUGGAGGAGAUGACCAAAGAUACAAAACCUCUUGGGGAGGAGAAGACUGGAAUCUACUAGACAGGGUGCUAAAUGCUAAGAUAGAAUCUGAACGGUUUAAGUGGCCUAAAUUAUAUCACUUUCGUCAUCCAAUGAAAGGAAGCUGGUAUUUACAUUCUAGGCGCAUGGAUUACUAGUCAACAAAUACACUUAUACUAUUAAUGCUAUUUAAUAUCUAAAAAAUAUAAUAGAAUUUCCACUUGUUUCACAUCAAUAGACUUCAAAUAUUCUCUUUGAAGUACAUAGAAAUUACAUUGGAUAUACAUGUACAAACAAUUAAGAUUGCAUGCACAAACACGCUACCAUUACAAUACUGUUAAGGCAGUAACCASACCAGAAUUCCUUUUAACCCAAAAAGGACCUUGAACAGAAUUGCAUAACUACAAUAUCAUUUUAUCCUUUUCAAAUACGAAUUAAAAAAGAAACUUGGUAUUGGCUUCAGGAAACGAUAUUCUUAGGAGCAAGAGUUUUUCUUCCUACACAUUGUCACUGCUACUCUACAGUAAAUAUUUCUUAUAACAGCAACACAGUUUGAUAAAAAUGUACUUGUAUUAUGUCUUGAUAAAUUACAGUUUUAAACUUAAAAAUAUUUAGUUUUUCAAUAUAAUCAAUUUAUUAGAUAGCUAUUACCAUCAGUUCUUUUUUCUGCUCUUUUUUAGCGUCUUUUCUUUCUCCUUCUUUGGAGGAGGAGCAGGAGGAGACUUCACAUGAUUUUCAUAGAUUCUAAACAGUUAUUAAAUAUUGAAAUAAUAUCAAAAAUAAUGAAAAGCUAUUCUUGUUUUCCAAACUAAUCWAAAGUUUGUAUGUGUGUAUAAUAUGCUCACCCUUUGUAUGUAUCAGUUCUUAUGUAGUCCAUGACAUGAGAUACUCCUAACACCACUUGAUCCUCAAUUUGUUGAAUCCAAGAAUUCCCAUCCACUUUAAAAACAUGCCUGGGGCUGCCAAGAUUCAAAGCACCUGAAAAUACACAUUGUUGUUGUUGUUGUCAUGGUAAUAUGAAUCAUAUUCAUUCCCAUUCUAUGCAGUCUUUCAUACUGGACAUCAAUCUACAGUGAAUUUUUUGAAAUAAUGUUUGAAUAUCACUAUAUUAUUGUUUUAUUGAGCUCUAUUUUUGCCAUUAUCUUACCCAGUUCUGGAGGCAACACCAUCAGUCUAUUAUUCUGUACAUGAAGUUCCCUGAGUUUGCUCAAUUCUCCCAGUUCAGGAGGCAGUUCAACAAUAUCAUUGUCACGUAACACUAACUAUUAAUCAAGAYAAGGUUCCUUUUAGUAAACAUUUCAGUUAUAUUGGUACACAAUAUAUGAAAUAGCUUGUGUCAAUUACUGCUAAAUAGUGUUGAUAAGACAAUAGGAAACAAGGAGUUUACAUAAUUUGGUGCAAUUUGCUUAGUCUCAGUUCAGAUGUUGACCUUUUGUAUAGUCUGAUUUCAAUUGCUAGCAUUCAGUAAUUCACAAGAAGUGUGGCGUGUAAAUCAAUUGACAAUUUUAAAGAUUAUAUUGAAUUCAACCAAAAAAAUGCAAGCCUUCCAUGAACUAAAUCCCAGCAAUAAGAUAUAUACAGCAAAAGUUUGAUGUCYGAACUGGGCCUUAGUUAUCUAUUUUACAGAUUUGUUGUGUUGACUAGAUACCUACCACUUGUAAAUUCUUUAAAUGUGAUAUUUCUGAUGGAAUUCUUUCAAAGUCAUUGUCUCCAAAAUAAAGAGCUCUUAGUUGACCUAAUAAGAGUUUUUAAAAAAAUGUCAAUGAAAUAUUAGAUUAAAUUUUUUGGUAAUGGUUA